AUGGAUAGGAGUUACGAAAGGAUUAACUUAACAUGGAAUGCUGUAGAUGUAAUAGUAGCGAGCAUAAUUUUAGAAAACUUUGCAUGCAGCUCUUGUUCAUCGCACACACGUCUUUUCCGGAAGUAUCUAAAGAUGGCACGGAUAUACGAAGAUUUCGACUCUUCUUUCGCCGCCGUUUGCAGCGAUGUGACAUUAUACUCGAACAACAAAGGAUUUUUCAAGAAUCUAGUUGAAGACUUAGUGUCUCUAGCAGAACGCGAUGGCUGGCUGCAAACAUUGGAAAGUGUUAAAGAUAAUGAGAAAAUCAGUACUGUCUUAAAAAAUGAAACAAUUAUGGAAGCUCUCAAUGAAGUUUUAUCAAGAAUUCAGCCUAUUUUUCGUGGUAAAGACGUCAGGAUAUCCCAUGACCGCAGACAGAUGGCACAAGCGGCAUUAAAAGAAGGAGAUCUAACAAAAAGCCUAGCCUUAAUAAGCCAAGCCGUACUGCGAGCGCCAAUGACAGGAGCUGAAGAGAUUUUAGAUGAUGGAAUUUCACUGGCACUUGCCCUAUGGCUACGUUCUGAUAUACUUCUCCGCUUAAACCGACCAGCAGCUGCUUUAGAAGAUUUAAAAUUGGCUCUAAAAGAGAGAUUACCCGCUCGGAUGAGGGCCGAUUAUUAUUGGAGAAUGGGUCACUGCUAUAUAGGUACUGGGGAGCCAACAAGAGCGAAAGUUUCUUAUGAGCUAGCAUUAAGACUUUUGGGAAACAAUGAGCAAGCCAAGAUUCAACUAGCUAAGGAUAUUGAAGCUAUUGAUUACACAGCAAAACCUAAAUACCCCCCUGAUAAACAAGAUACAACAUUAUCAGGAGGCGCGAAGCAGAAUUUACCUGCGUUAUCUAAGUUGGUAAAAAUCGUAGAAGAGGAAGAUAAAGGUCGUUUCGCAGUUGCCAAUGCUAAUAUCAAAACCGGUGACGUGCUUUUAGUGGACAGUCCGUAUGCUGCAUGUCUACUUUCUGACUUCUAUGGUUCUCAUUGUCUUCAUUGCUUCAAGAGAUUAGAUUGUUUUGAAAAUGGAGCACCGGUAUGGUGCCCAAAUUGCUCCGCGGUGGCGUUCUGCUCCACCAAAUGUCGUGAUGCGGCAGCACCUACUUAUCAUUUGUAUGAGUGCCAGUUCUUGGACCUUUUUAUGGGUUCAGGAAUGUCGAUCCUCAGCCAUAUUGCCCUCCGCAUGGUAACGCAAGCUGGAUUAGAAACCUGUCUGCAAAUUCAUUCAAAAUAUCUAAGCGAUCAAGUCAAAACUGUGGAGAGCACUAUAUUAAACGAUAUAGAGGGCACUAAAAAAAAUAAAUUAAAAAGUAGAAAAGAACGACUAAAUAGAACGAAAAAAGGUUUAAAAUGUUUCGAAAAUAAAAACACAAACAAUGAAAACAUCGAAACUAAGAUUGAAGACAAGAUGAGUUACCAAGAAAAAUUAGAAAUGACAGCUGCACAGAUUUAUGCACUGUGUUCACAUUCAAGCCAAAGAACGGGAGCAGAUUACCUUAAAAGGAUAAUCAUGGGACUUUUCCUUACUGAGUGUUUAAAAAAAAGUGGCUUUUUUGAAAAAUGCGACAAGGAAAACUUAAACAAAGCUGAGAAUGUCAUUUGUCAGUUGAUCGUUCGUAAUUUGCAAUUACUGCAAUUUAAUGCCCACGAGAUCUAUGAAACGGUCCGCGGCCAGCACCAAUUCAGCGGGUCUAAACCAAUUUACGUUGCAGUCGGGAUAUACCCCACUGGAGCAUUAUUUAAUCACGAGUGCUAUCCCGCAGUGGCACGAUAUUUUGAAAAUCAAAAAAUAGUCUUACGAGCUACACGACCACUUCAUCCAGGAGAAGAAGUAUCUGAAAACUAUGGACCUCAUUUCUUAAUGCGAAGUCUUAAAGAAAGACAAAGAAUGCUAGCCUGUAGAUAUUGGUUCCGGUGCGAAUGUAUCGCGUGUAAAGAAGAUUGGCCGACGCUUAAGCUGAUGGGCACCGAAACGACUGUAUUUUUAAGGUGCCCGAACAUGAAUUGUCUCGGAAAAUUCAGUUCUUAUAAAAACAUACCAAACAGGUGUCCUAAAUGUUCCACAUCUAUUAGCGAAGAUUUAAAAAAAGAAUAUUCAGAAGAUAUUAAAAGAUGUUUAUUACAAUAUCAGGAAGGAGCCACAUUUAUGGAAGAAGAAAAUGCGGAAGAGGCAAUUAAAACUUUAUCAGAAGCGGUAGAUCGUUUCCACAGUGUAGCUCGACCACCGCAUAAAGAUACCCACAUUGCACAGGAAUCACUUCGGUCAUGCUUUGCAGCUCGCAGUAAUGUUUAUAUCGUACCCGUAGAAAUACAGAAAAAG